AUGGUCGCUUCUGGCGUCUGGGCCGAAUGCAUCCCGCUUGAACGAGCCCAUGGACUCAAAGAGGUCCCGACCGUGGCAUCUCUCCCUACUGCUUCAUCUGCCCCGGAGUCAAUGAAAUCGGCCCUGGAAAAGAUCAAUUACCUGGGAAGCGUGCCGUGUUCUUACAAAGAGACUCCGAUGGCGGCGCACUUCGAACUGCACAUCGAACAGGGACCGCAUCUUGUGUCCGCAAACCAGCGCGUUGGCGUCGUCACCGCCGUGCAAGCAUACCGCUGGUACCGGGUCAACAUCAUCGGCAGGGACACCCACACAGGCACGACGGCAUUUCAGCACCGCGCAGACGCUCUGUAUGUCUUCGCACGUAUGAUGGUGCAUGCGCGUGAGGUCGCGUCUUCGCACGGAUGUCUCGCAAGCGUUGGCAUUGUGGAAGCAAAGCCCGGAAGUGUGAAUACCGUGCCCGGGCUGGUCAGCUUUACGCUCGACAUCCGCGGGCCGGAAACCGACCUAGUUGAAGUCGUCGAGACACAAUUGAGGAAGGACUUUGACGCGAUCGCAGCGGAAGAAGGCAAGGGAAUUGGGAAACCUUGCCGUGUUGAGUGGAAGGUGGACUUUGAUUCGCCGGCCGUCAAGUUCCAUCCGGACUGCAUCGACUGCGUACAGGAAUCGGCGGAGGCGGUGGUGGCCGAUGCGCCGGAGCCGAAGUCGCUGGUGCGAACGAUCAUGAGCGGCGCUGGACAUGAUAGUGUGUUUACUUCGAAGAGGGUACCCACUAGCAUGAUCUUCGUGCCCUGCAAAGACGGGCUGAGCCAUCAUCCGGAAGAAUACUGCUCUGCGGAUGACUGCGCGACUGGCACCUCGGUCAUUCUGCAGGCAGUGAUUCGCUACGACCGAAAGAGGUUCUCCGCCUAG